AUGCCACUAUGGUCUACUGGCAUCUUUUUAAGCAUUACAAUAGCUAUUUCUGGUAGCCUUGUUGUACUCCAAGCCCUAUCUAUGGACAGGCACCUUGGCCCACACUUCAUAAUCCCUGCUGGUUCAUUCCCAGUUUUCAACCUCUUAGCCACAGCCAUCUCCAUUUUCAUAGUUGAUCGCUUCAUACUACACAAGUUAAGACCCCUCCAACGAGUAGGGAUUGGUCAUGUGAUCAACAUUGUUGGAUUGGUCGGGUCAGCUCUACUCGAAAGGGGACGAUUAGGAGUGGUAAGAUCACAUAACCUCACAAAUCAGCCCGGGACAGUGGUGCCCAUGUCAGCCCUAUGGCUCGUGGCACCAAUGUUGAUUAUGGGAAUUGGUGAGGCAUUCCAGUUCCCUGGACAAGUUGCAUUGUACUAUGAACAAUUUCCAAAACCUCUGAAAAGUACUUCCACGGCUAUGAUGUCAUUGCUGAUUGGAAUUGGGUUUUAUCUCAGCACUGCAAUCACGCAUUUGGUAAAGCAGACAACGGGGUGGUUACCGAAUAAUAUAAAUCAAGGGCGUCUAGAUAAUGUAUUUUGGAUGUCAGCUGUGAUUGGAGUGAACGAAAGACUCUUAAAGCCAAAACUGAUUACUUAA